AUGAAGCUUUCCAUCAUUUUGAUGUUCACCACUUUGGUGAUGGCUGAAGUGCAAAGAAUCAGUUUGUAUGGUACAGGAUUAUCAGACAAGGAACAUAUCGAAUUGGGUCAUCUUGAAAUCAAUAAGAAUAAUUUGAAAGGUAUGUAUUUACCUUGUAGAAUAGAUUCCAUUGAUAGUGAAUUUUGUAUUGGUGCUAAAGAUAUUCCUGGUAGUGAAUGCUUCUAUAAGACCAACGAUUUAUCAAACAAACAAUUCGUUGUUUAUAUUGACAACGGUAAAGUUGAUUAUUUAACGAUAAGAGAAUCUAAUGAUAAACAUAAAGUAUUAGUUAAAGAAACACCUAAAGCUCCACAACCCAACUUAAAUCCUUCAAAUAAACCUAAAAAGGCACCAGUAGAAGUGAAGACCGUAAAAACUUUCAAAACUGAUGAAAAUGGUAACAAAAUUGAAGUAACUCAAGAGAUUGAAGAACCACCAAAAUCAUGGAUUCAAAAAAAUUGGACUUAUAUAGUACCACCAUUACUUAUUCUUUUCGUUUUAAUGGGAGAUGACAAAAAAUAA